AUGGGGGAGCUGCCCAGAGCCUGGAGAAGGGUAGUCGGUGAAGGAGAUUGCUGUAGCCUCGGUGACGGCUGCGGCAGGAGCGGUGGUGGCGGCUUUCUCAACAGAGGCUCCAGCUCAGAUUCGAGCAGCGCCGCAGACAAUAACAGCGCCGGGAGCUGGACCUGGCAGGAUCCCGCAGUGAUGCUUCCUGACUGACUGAUCGUGUUAUAAGUGUGCCUGGAAUCCAAAGGCAGCAUUUCCAGUUGAAGAGUUGUCUUCAUCAUCAUGGAGAGUCAACAGGAUGAAGCUGUUCAAAUCAAGGGAGCAUCAACUUCUAUCGAUGCCCAAGACCAGGGAGCUGAAAAGGGAGCCAAGAAUAAGAUAGCUGAGACAACAGAAGGACCAACAUCAGAGCCACCCUUAUCGGGCCCAGGUAGGCUGAAGAAAACUGCCAUGAAACUCUUUGGUGGCAAGAAAGGAAUCUGUACUCUGCCUAGUUUCUUUGGGGGUGGUCGAAGCAAAGGUUCUGGGAAAGGCAGCUCUAAGAAGGGUCUAAACAAGAGUAAGACCCAUGAUGGUCUGAGUGAAACAUCUCAUGGCCUUGAAGAUGUUGUCAUUGAAGAAACAGAUCUCUCUACACCUUUGUCCAAGUCACCUUCUCAAUUUCCUAGCUCCCAGAGUGCCCAUGGAGCUUUGGAGAUAGGCUCUAGACAUAAGACAUCUGUGACUGAAGCCAUAGAGAAAGCUGGAGUUGAGAAGGUACCCUCUGUGCACAAGCCGAAGAAAAGCCUAAAAAGUUUUUUUAGCAGUAUCCGCCGUCACCGGAAGAGCAAGGUUUCUGGAGCUGACCAAAGUGGACCAGGAGCCAAGGAUCUUGAGGGGGCACGAAUGAGGUCUCAUGAGCAUGUGAGUUCAAUCUCUCUGCCCAGCUCUGAGGAGAUAUUUCAAGAUGCUAGAAAGGAAAAUGCCAAACCCCAGGAUGCCCCUGGACCAAAAAUUUCUCCAGCAAGAGAACAUUUUUCACCAACUAAUGAGAAGACAGCAUGUAAAAAUCCAGAAAAGCUCACAAGGACCUGUGCCUCAGAGCUCAUGCAGCCCAAGCCUGUUCUUGAAGCUAGUAGUCUAGAGGAGCCCCACACUUUAGAAACAGAAGGAAAAGUGGUGACAGGAGAAGUAAACCCACCCAAUGGCCCUGUUGGGGAUCAGCUAAGCCUCUUGUUUGGGGAUGUUACAUCCCUGAAAAGCUUUGACUCACUGACAGGUUGUGGUGACAUUAUAGCAGAACAGGACAUGGACAGCAUGACAGAUAGCAUGGCCUCUGGUGGCCAGAGGGCCAACCGAGAUGGGACCAAGCGAAGUUCCUGCUUGGUGACCUACCAAGGAGGUGGGGAGGAGAUGGCCUUGCCAGAUGACGAUGACAAUGAAGAAGAAGAAGAGGAGGAGGAGGUAGAAUUAGAGGAUGAGGAAGAAGAGGUCAAGGAUGGGGAGGAGGAGGAUGACUUAGAGUAUCUGUGGGCCAAUGCCCAGAUAUACCCAAGAUUUAAUAUGAACCUGGGCUACCAUACUGCUCUAUCUCCUAGCCACCAGGGCUACAUGCUUCUUGACCCAGUUCAGUCUUAUCCUAGCUUAGGCCUUGGAGAAGUUUUGACACCUCAGAGCGACCAGCAAGAGUCUGCCCCCAAUAGUGAUGAAGGUUAUUAUGACUCUACCACACCAGGAUUUGAGGAUGAUUCAGGUGAGGCUCUGGGGCUUGUCCACAGGGAUUGUCUACCCAGAGAUAGCUAUAGUGGCGAUGCUCUAUAUGAGUUCUAUGAGCCAGAUGACAGUCUUGAGCACUCCCCACCUGGGGAUGACUGCCUUUAUGACCUCCGUGGACGCAACUCAGAGAUGUUGGAUCCUUUCUUGAACUUGGAGCCCUUUUCUUCUCGGCCACCCGGGGCAAUGGAAACAGAGGAAGAACGGCUAGUGACCAUCCAGAAGCAGUUGCUGUACUGGGAACUUCGCCGGGAGCAGCGUGAGGCUCAAGAGGCAUGUGCCAGAGAGGCUCAUGCCAGAGAAGCUUAUGCUCGAGACACCCACACUCGGGAAUCUUAUGGCAGAAAUGUCCAAGCCCGAGAAACCCAGUCCCUAGAAGUUCAUUCUCAAGAGGGUCGAGCCCAAGAGACCAAGGUACGGCAGGAGAAGCCUGCCUUGGAAUAUCAGAUGAGGCCAUUAGGCCCCUCAGUGAUGGGUCUGGUGGCAGGGACAUCAGGAGGUCCUCAGACUUCCCACCGGGGAACCACUUCAGCUUUCCCUGCUACUUCCAGCAGUGAACCAGAUUGGCGGGAUUUCCGUCCUCUGGAGAAGCGUUUUGAGGGGACUUGCUCCAAAAAAGAUCAAAGUACUUGUUUAAUGCAGCUCUUCCAGAGUGAUGCCAUGUUUGAGCCAGACAUGAAAGAAGCAAAUUUUGGAGGCUCUCCCAGGAAGGCCUACCCUAGUUACUCACCCCCUGAGGAGCCAGAGGAAGAAGAAGAUGAGAAGGAAGGGAAUGCCACAGUGAGUUUCUCACAGGCCCUGGUAGAGUUUACCAGCAAUGGGAACCUUUUUACCAGCAUGUCCUACAGCUCUGAUUCUGACUCAUCCUUCACUCAAAACCUCCCUGAGCUGCCCCCCAUGGUCACUUUUGACAUUGCUGACGUGGAACGGGAUGGAGAAGGCAAGUGUGAAGAGAAUCCUGAGUUCAACAAUGACGAAGAUCUUACAGCCUCCUUGGAAGCAUUUGAGCUAGGUUAUUACCACAAACAUGCCUUCAACAGCUAUCACAGUCGGUUCUACCAAGGCCUGCCCUGGGGUGUUAGCAGCCUCCCUCGAUACUUAGGACUCCCUGGUGUACACCCUCGCCCUCCACCUGCUGCAAUGGCACUCAAUAGGAGAAGCCGUUCACUUGACAAUGCAGAGACCCUGGAGCUGGAGCUCUCCAGUUCUCAACUAGCCCAGGGUUAUGUGGAGUCUGAUGAGUUACAGGCCCACCAGGAAGAUUCAGAUGAAGAAGGUGAAGAAGAGGAAGGAGAAUGGGGCCGGGACAGUCCCUUGUCUCUCUACACUGAACCUCCAGGGGUCUAUGACUGGCCUCCUUGGGCUCACUGUCCUCUUCCAGUGGGGCCAGGUCUUGCUUGGCUAAGCCCUAGUCAGUUGGAUGAGUCUUUCAAUCAGUCUUUAUAUGUGCAGGCAACCUGUUGUGUACCUCCUGUGGCAAUGUCAGUGUCGGGGCCAGGAAGAGCACCUGGAGACUCUGUGUCUCAGCUAGCUCGACCUUCACACCUACCCCUGCCCAUGGGUCCUUGCUAUAACGUUCAAUCACAGGCCUCCCAGAGUGGGAGAGCCAGGCCUCGGGAUGCACUACUGCCUGUGGAUGAGCCCAGUUGCUCCUCCAUUUCUGGAGCCAACUCUCUGUCUCAAGCCAAGCCUGUAGGCAUCACCCAUGGUAUCCCUCAGCUGCCCAGGGUGCGGCCUGAACCCCUUCAGCUUCAACCCAGUCACUACCGAGCUUCCAACCUUGACCUGUCAAAGGAGAGGGGUGAGCAAGGUGUCUCUCUCUCUACCAGCUAUUCCUCCACUGCCAUGAAUGGAAACCUAGCCAAGUAG